CGCCCUCGACCCGAAACCAGAGCUUCGACGCCCCCCCCCCCUCCUGAGUCUUGUCGCAUAGCCCUGUUCUGUCCCGCCUCUACUUAGACUGAGACGACGUUUCCGGUCGUUCUUUGUUUCUUCCAUGACGGUUCCAUGUCUCUUAUCUCUUUCCCUUCUUCCUUGGUAUAGGGAGCUGUCCUAUUUUCCUCGUGCAAGCAUUGGCAAUUGUUCUGUUGUAUCAAACAACACCAAGCUCGUCCGCCCACAAUUUCGAUACGGUUUUCAGGCAGAGCUUCAGGUUGAGACGGGGUCUCGAUCGGUCUCUCGUCGAAUUCCAACCCCGCUGUGGCCGAUAGCUUUCUGUAUUUUCGACACUCGACGUAUUCGAACCUGCGGAAGUCCGAUAGUAAAUCAUCGCCAUGGUGUCUUCAAUCUUCGUCUUGGUUGGAGCUGUGAUCGCCUACGGCGUCUACUCCUACGUCGCCGGCCUACAGCGCAACAUCGCCGAGGCGAAGAAGGUCGGCUUGCCCUAUGUCGUUACCCCUGCGUCGCCCUUUUCGAUAGUAUGGCAGCUCACCCAUAAGUUCUGGAUUCCCAUUAUCAAGAUCUUCCCUAAGUCUUGGUGGGAAAACUGGUUAGAGAUCCUGAUUCCGAACUGGUCCUACAACUUGCUCCACAAGCCUUUUGCGCGCAUCGGCGAGACCUUCAUGGUGGUAUCACCCUUUCAGAUCCUCAUCCUGACCGAUAGCGCCGAAGCUAUCCAUCAGAUCACGCAGCAGCGCGACAAGUUCCCUAAGCUAGUCGAGACGUACGCGAUCCUGAAGCAGUUCGGCGACAAUGUUCUGACCACCGAGGGUGUGGUAUGGCGUAUGCAUCGAAAGGUUACGUCCGCCACCUUCAAUGAGAAGAAUGCUGCCCUCGUCUUCGCCGAGUCCAUAAAACAGGCCCAGAGCAUGACGCAGAAGUGGCUUGGCCCAGACGGCCGGAGCAGGCAGACCGUCGAGACGCUGGAUCACGACACCAUGCGUCUCGCGCUCAACAUCAUCAGUUAUGUCGGGUUCGGCAUGCGCCUGCUCUGGCCGGGGCAGGCGCUGCCCGAGGGAACGGAUCCGAAACUCGUAAAGUACAGCUCGCUGGAAGCGCCUCCGGGCCACAUCAUGAGUUUCGUCGACGCCAUUGCCGAGAUGCUAGAGCAUAUCCUGGUCCUGCUGCUGGUGCCACACAAGAUUCUGAAGAUGCUGCCCUUCAAGUACACAAAGAAGGCAAUCGAUUCGCACGACAGCUACGUGCAGUACAUUGACGAGCUGAUGCAGGACAAGAUCGAGGACUUGCAGAACGGCGAUCGCGGAGACGCCGGCAUGGACCUCAUGGGCCAGCUCGUGAGGUCCAAGUAUGGCGACGUAGCGGCCCACGGCGGUAUCAAUGGAGUGCUGUCCAAGUCCAAGGUCCCGCAGCUGUCCAAGUCGGAGAUCUCGGGCAACACGUUCAUCAUGCUUGUCGCGGGACACGAGACGACGGCGAACGCGAUGCAUUUUGGGUUGAUCGAGAUCGCCUGCAACCCCGCCGUGCAGAGACAGCUCCAGAAGGACAUCGAUGGCAUAUUUGGCGACAGCGACCCGAGCACGUGGAACUACGAAAGCACGGUGAACCCCAUGCUUGCUUCGAUGCUGGGCGCGUGCAUGAACGAGACGCUGAGAAUGACGCCGGCCGUGGUCGAGAUCCCCAAGAAGGUGAAUCCCGAGGGUGACGGCAUCAUCUCGCUCGACGGAGAGAAAUAUGUGCUGCCCAAGGGCGCGCACAUCUCCCUCGUGGGCGUGGCGGCGCACCGCAACCCACGGAACUGGCCAUCGAAGCCGAGCAGAGUGACGAGCGCGGAACACGACCUUGACGACUACGCGCCGGAGCGAUGGUACCGUGCCAGCCCGAACGAGGCGGCGACAGAGGACAAGAGCGGCGGCGACACGGAGGACUACGGCGGGUACAAGGGCUCGGACACCAGCGACAAGAUGUUCCGGCCGGUGCGGGGAUCUUACGUCCCCUUCUCGGACGGACCGCGGUCGUGCCUCGGGCGUCGCAUCGCACAGGUGGAGAUCAUCGCUGCCCUGUCCGUCGUAUUCCAGCGGUAUAGCCUCGAGCUGGCGGUGGACGAGUGGGCGUCGGAUGCCGAUGUCGAGGCCAUGGACCGGGCAGAGAGGCAGAAGCUGUACAGAAAGGCUCAGGACAAAUGCCGGGAGACUGUCAGGAAGGCAUCAACAAUGCUGACGCUGAAACUGCCACAGGGGACGAGCGUCCCGAUACGGAUCGUGCCGAGAGGGGAGGAGAGCUUUGUCAAUUUUGUUGACUCUGCUUAGAUAGACUGGAGUGCGUUGAGUCGGUCAAGGCUGGAUCGCAUGAUAUUUCGAUUACAUAAGUAGCGACGGGUUGAAUGGAUAUAUGGGAAUACCCGGCAGGGACGAGGGGAUUUGACCGACUUUGACUUUGUGUUGUUUCCUACUUGUAUACCCGAGGCAGAAUGACAAUCAACAUGAUGGUGACUCAACCCGAUGUCGCAGGUAUGAGCCUUGACGGAAGCGCAUGAUUGGACAACCCGAAGACGUUUGGAUUGUGCCUGUGGUUGCCCCGACAGCUGGACGUGUUGAUGGCGGCGAACCGAAGCCGUCAACGGACGUAGAGUUCGAUAGGCUGACUGACUGGCUGGUGGUUUACUGGUCGGUGUGUGAUGUUGACGAAGAACAGGCCACGUGUUCCCUCAAAGGUCGCAUCAGCCCAGCACUCUCCAGACGGCCUCAGCAGUCGAUGACUCGAUUAGGACAUUGCCUAUUGUCUUGUGGGAGAUGACGAUGAUCAAACAAGAGUCGGCGACUAACCCGUUUGUUUACAUGCCUUGCCGCAUUCGGACAGGUCGGAUGGGUCCGUCUGGUCCCGUCACU